AUGAAAUCGUUCUACUUAACUAUCUUAAGUCUAGCACUUGCCGGAUUGGCUGUGUCCAUUACAGUGGAUGAGAAAAAUCUACUCUUGCGCUUGCACAAUGCCGCCCGAACUCGAAUUCUGAACUGCUCUGUUCCAGGACAACCGCCAGCAAGAUCUAUGCAAAUGUUGAAAUGGCAUGAUGGUUUGUCGAAGAAAGCUCAACAGUGGAGCGAUCGAUGCAUAACCGGACACGACAAAAAUGACGAUCGCAAGUUGCCCGAAUUCUGGUGGGUUGGACAAAACUUCGCCGGCUUUCCAUCAGUGGAACCUGGAUUCAACGCUUGGUUUGAUGAAUACAAACAGUACAACUUCAUGGCCAACACAUGCAGCGGGGUUUGUGGUCACUAUACUCAGCUUGUCUGGGCAGACACGGAAUACGUUGGUUGCGGAGUGACCAAAUGCACAAAACCGUCAUUUCCCUAUGGCUAUUCGAUUGUGUGCAAUUACGGUCUGGGUGGCAAUAUGAAUGGAGCGCGUCCUUACACAGCCGGUACUCUAGGCGAUUGUCGAAAAACGAGUAAGUCGUUACUCUACUUUUACUGA